CGCACCAUCAGAUUCAUAUGGCAACUUCAGAAUAGCUACCAGACACUGCUUCACUUCAGCUCGCCCUCUCCCUCUCGACACAGCCUCCACCUGAAACUUCCGAAACCGUUUCAGAACCUGCACGCCUGCACUGCACAUCUAACCCUAUCCAAAGCACACGGCACACAACAUACAACACACAACACAGCACACAGCGCCAGUACUACUGUGUAACACAGUUGCAAAAAUAGACACAAAAUUGAAGCCAAAGGCAACAUGAUACCUCAAGUGUAAUGCAGGGCUUUGUGGGGGAUGAAAGCCAAGCAGGUGGGUGACAACAGAGAUAGCUGUGACUCGUGUGAUGAGGCCUCCGCUGGCUAUUCAUAGCUCUUUUGUUAAGGAAGGACAACAUUCAUCAGUAACACAUAUCUUCUGCUAUUGCUUUGCUGCCUGGUCUGUAGCUGGCUGUGGGGCUUCUAGACUCUCUGAUCUCGGUGCACUUAAGCAGGCUUCCCCUACAACCAAAAAGAUGUGGUCACAUCAGAGGAAAUGGAGGAAGUUCAAAUCCCCACUUGAAUUUCCUUUGGAGGCCAAGUACAGGCCUAUUCUUGAGAGCACUUUUCCUAUAGACCCCAUGAGCCGUUUCAACUUGAAGAGGGGUUCCCCUCAGGAAGAGUUCCCCUACUUGAGGGGCAAUCACACUUUAAUGGGCGAAAUCCUCACUCUGCAUCUUUACACGCGACAGUUCCACCGGGCCACAGAAAGUGGAGUGAUCUUUGACGAUAUCAUUCGGCCUGGCUUAGAAGACCCUGGUAAGCCCACAGAGCCAGGUCAGGUCAAGUCAGUGGGCUGUUUGGCUGGCGAUGCCCAAUCCUACAUCCUCUUCUGUGACUUCUUUGACCGCAUCAUUGAGGCCUAUCAUGACUACAAAAUGACUAGUACACAGGAGAGUGACUUCAACAGCGGCAACCUAAAGGGAGGGGAGGACUUUGAUGCGGCCUAUGCUGUGAGCUGUGAGAUCAGAGCGGCUCGCUGUGUGGAGGACUUCUGCUUCCCAAUGCACUGCAGCAGGGGAGAGCGCAGGGCACUUCUCUCACUGGCACAGAAAGCUCUGACCAAGUUGUCUGAGGAGUUCCCAGGCAAGCUGUACUCGAUGGAGCAGCUGAGUCAAGAUGGCGACGGGAAGGGGCUGUCCAUGAUGAGCCCAUCCCCUGCCAUGUGCAAGAUUGGAGUGGCCCGCGAUUGGCCCAGUGCCAGGGCUGUGUGGGUGAGUGAGAACGGACAACUGGUCAUAUUGGUCAACUUUGAGGACCAUCUCAAACUUGAGUGCACCAGGACAGACGCCAAUCUCCAGCUGGCAUUUGACUGCAUCUGUGCCAACCUGCUGAGGCUGGAGAAACUGUACAAAAAUCUGCGCCACACAUUUGUGUGGAAGGAACACUUGGGCUGGGUGGUGAGCUCUCCUGCCGAGGUGGGCACAGCCUUGAAGGCCAGCGUCACCGUCAGGCUGCAGCACCUGCCUGGUCACAAGCGCCUUGAGAAUGUCCUGGACAGACUGCGCCUCCACAUGAUUCCUACUGACAAACCCGGCCUGUACAUAGUGACCAACACUCCCACCAUUGGCUUCACAGAGGUGGGUGUGGUCCAGCUGGUUGUGGAUGGUGUGAAGCUGCUCAUUAGCAUGGAGAAGAGGCUGGAGAACCACGGGGGAAUAGACGAUCUAGUACCUACACACAAACUCAGCGGCUACACAGACACACAGCUACACGUCUAAAAGGAGCAGCUACACUAGGAGUCCUGUGAUGACAACAAAGUUUAUGUGUCAUGUGUAAGGUAAACGGUCUUCAUAUGGUUUUUAAAAACAAUGUGGCCCUUGUUGUGGAACAGCACAUGGUGAAUUACAAUAUGCAUACCUCAAAUUCUGAAAAUAAAUUACCUUUGUCAUUUUGUUGGCUAUGGACUGAAAAUGA